AUGGGGAGUGGAGCGAGCGCUGAAGAUAAAGAACUGGCCAAAAGGUCCAAGGAGUUGGAGAAGAAACUCCAGGAAGAUGCAGACAAGGAGGCGAAGACAGUCAAACUGCUGCUGUUAGGUGCCGGGGAGUCAGGCAAGAGCACAAUCGUCAAACAGAUGAAGAUUAUCCACCAAGAUGGUUACACGCAAGAAGAGUGCCUGGAAUUCAAGUCCAUCAUCUACGGCAACGUGCUGCAGUCAAUCCUGGCCAUCAUCCGAGCGAUGUCCACGCUGGGGAUAGAUUACGCCGAACCAGGACGAGGGGAUGAUGGGCGGCAGCUGUGCAACUUGGCAGAUUCCAUCGAGGAGGGCACCAUGCCCCCAGAGCUAGUGGACUGUAUAAAAAAGCUGUGGAAAGAUGCGGGAGUCCAGGCCUGUUUUGACAGAGCAGCUGAGUACCAGCUCAACGACUCCGCUUCCUACUACCUGAACCAGCUGGAUCGGAUCACAGCCCCCGAUUACCUCCCCAAUGAACAGGAUGUACUACGAUCUCGAGUGAAGACCACGGGGAUCAUAGAGACCAAGUUCGCUGUCAAAGAUCUUAACUUCAGGAUGUUUGAUGUGGGAGGACAGCGGUCAGAGCGCAAAAAGUGGAUCCACUGCUUCGAAGGCGUGACCUGCAUUAUCUUCUGCGGAGCCCUCAGCGCCUAUGACAUGGUGCUAGUAGAGGAUGAUGAAGUGAACCGCAUGCAUGAGUCCCUGCAUCUGUUCAACAGUAUAUGCAACCACAAGUUCUUUGCUGCCACCUCCAUUAUUCUGUUCCUCAACAAGAAGGACCUCUUUGAGGAAAAGAUCAAGAAAGUCCACCUCAGCAUUUGCUUCCCAGAUUACGAUGGUCCCAAUACAUUUGAAGAUGCAGGAAAUUACAUCAAGAAUCAGUUCCUUGAUCUCAACAUGCGAAAAGAUGUGAAAGAAAUCUACAGUCAUAUGACCUGUGCCACAGACACACAGAACGUUAAAUUUGUGUUCGACGCAGUCACGGAUGUCAUCAUCAAAGAGAACCUCAAGGACUGUGGUCUCUUCUAG